AAUUGCUCAAACUCCAAUUUGAGCGGGAAAAUUGUAUUCCGGAGAACUCAAAUGGCAGAGCCUGAAAAUGUAACAGACAAACGCACCUUUAACAAACUUCUUCAGGUCGUCAGUGAUUUUUCAAGAAACCAUAGGCUUGGAGGGGAGAGAGAGAGAGAGAGAGAGAGAGAGAGAGAGAGCUAAAGAUUAAAGCUUGAAGCUUGAAAGUGAAAACCAUAUCAAAUUCAAUCCCAAUCCUUGAAGCCUGCAGGAAGAGGGAGCGAAGGCCAACGAUUUUCGGAUUGCAUGUGUUCUGAUAUCCCGGUUGCUUAAUCAGUCCGAACGGUGCUAUGGAUCUCGAUUUGGAAUUUUUUACCCUUUUGGCAGACCUCAAAUCACGGAGGGACAAGCUCAUUUUGAUGGCAGGUCUUAAUGGUUCUGGCAAAACCACCAUCUUGAACAAGAUUCACUCUGAAGGAGUCUCUACUGAGAUGGUCACACCCGGAUUUAGUGUUGAGACGGUGAAACAUGCCUAUAUUAACAUUGCAGCGUUUGAUGUUGGGAGUGAAAACAGGAUACCUCCACUGUACAUGCAGCAUUUCCAGAACAAGAAAGGUCUUAUUUUUGUGGUAGAUAGCAACGACCAGAACCGAGUGUUGGAGGCAAGGGAUGAGUUACACAGGAUGUUGCAGGAGGAUGAACUCAAGAACGUUGUUGUGCUUGUACUAGCCAACAAGCAAGAUCUUUGUAAUGCAAUGACUGCAGAAGAGUUGAGCAAAGAGCUGGAUAUUAAGUCUCUCAGAAUUAAUCAGUGGUAA